UAAUAGAAAUCCCGAAGAAACUCCUAAUCAUGGACGUACCUUUGUUUUAAUUAUUCACGAAACCAAUGACGGUUAUUCGAUUAGUGAUAAAGAAUUACCGUUUCCGAUUAAAUGUGGUGGAAUAGUCAAAUUAUUUUCCAAAAAAGAUAAACAAAGAGAAAACAGUAGUCAAAAUGCUGAUAAAAACAGUAGUCAAAACGCUGAUGGACACUUACUUAUUCUUUUGGCGUUUUCUGGAAUUUACAAGUAUCAUAUUGAUAUGAAGAAUAAAUCUAUUAACAUACAAAAGUUACAAAAGUUAAAAUAUCCAAGAAGAAUAUACAAUACUAUCAUUAGUAAUAUUAAUACAUUGGUUGAAAUCGAUGGUGGCGAUGAAGACGAAAAAUGUCUUAUGACUUACAGUUAUAUUGAAAGAUGCAUAAAUAAGCAUUAUUUUCUGGUUGAUACUAUGGAAGAAGACAUCAAAUACAUAGAACUUUAUGAUUUAAAGACAAACCAAUUAGUAAAUACCUUUCAGAGACAAGCUAUAGACAUACUGACCAUAUUGGAUUUCACUACUUAUGCAAUAUCAAAUAAUGCCAAAUUAUUAGCAUAUGUAUCGUUAGCGACUCAAGGGAUCAAAAUAUAUUCGAUCGAAUGCGGUAUCGAAAUAGCAGAAUGCAGUCUUAAACUAGGAGAGUCCCAAAAAGAGUUGGAUGGUGAAAUACUAGCUCUAUCAACAUUUAUUCAUUUUUUUCAUAAUGACGAGAUGUUACUUGUAUAUACGGGUGGUGGUUUGUCCGCUGUCUGGAAUAUUUUCGACUCAUUACGAAAUUCUAUUGAAUUGAAGAAAUUGUUGAAAACUCCAGUAGCUGCCCUAUAUGAAGGUUAUUAUUAUGUAAUAGAACGAUCAAAUUCAUUCAUGGUAAUUGGUGAAAGUGAUAAACUAGCUAUUUACGAUGAUUCAAUCAUAGAUGAAUAUUCAAAGAAAACUAUUGAACAAAAUUGGAGGCUGCAAUCAGGAAAAGAUUUUGAAAAUCUUCUAGGGCAAGAAUCUCGUCAUGAUCAUAUCUUAAAUCUUCAUUUUAAAAAACCAAAAUUCGAAAAAUUAGAUGAAUAUUAUCAUACACUUGAACCCUGGUUAGGGGAUCUCGAUUUAGAUGAACCACGAUAUUCGUUCUAUCUUGAUGAGGAGAAAAAAAAACUGCUGCUAGUUGGAACCAGCUCAGUUCAAGUUUGGUAUGAUCAAGGUUCUGAAAGAUCUCUUGAAUUCAUUUAUGUGCCUUUAUUUUAUCUGCACUCAGAUGAAGAAGAAAAAUGGAAACGUAAAAAAAUAAAAAUAGUAAACAUAGAGUAUUGCACAGGGAAAUUCAAGCUUAAAAUUCAAAUCGGUGAAAUGGAAAGUGCAAUUAAAAUUAAAAUGGAAGAUGAAGAUGAUUUGAUGAAUGUAGCAAAAUAUGCUUGUUAUACACUUAAAUAUUUUUCUUUUUACAGGGAGCCUAAAAGGUUUAAAACGUUACUUUGGGACAAAUUAAAAUUCACUGAUAUCAUCGAACGAACACGAAGAAUAAUAUUGAGAUUUAUUAGAUUGUAUCCAAAUGCUUGGCGGUUGUUAGAUGUUCGCUUUGAUUUAAUGACUGUUCUUAUUGAGGCAAAGGAAUACGAACUUGUAAAUGACAUUUUAUCUUUUGGAGAACCGAUCCAUAUUCCUAAGUAUUAUUCUUGGUCAGGUGAAAAAAAUGCUAUUGAAACUGCGUUUUCGGAUCUUAAUAUUGGAUUGAUGAAUACAGUUGUAGACAUCAUACCGAAGUUAUAUGGGAGUAAUGAAAAGAUGAAUGGAAAAGAAAAAGGCGAGAAUGAUAAGAUGAAUGAAAAAGAAAAAGAUGAAAAUGAUAAGAUGAAUGAAAAAGAAAAGGAUGAAAAUGAUAAGAUGAAUGAAAAAGAAAAAGAAGAGAAUGAAAAAAAGCAUGAAAAAGAAAAAGAUCAAAAGAAAAAUGUGAAAGAAAAAGAAUUACGCGAAUAUUAUGCUCGAAAAUUAUUUUAUAGUUCAUGCUUUUGCAGCACAAAAUGCGAACUAUCCUCUUUUGAAUUUCUUGAAAUUUCACCAAAGUCAAGUGGCUUAUUAAAAAUUUUUAUACCUAUAACACAGUUGAUUCCACAAGAUUCUAAAUUAGAUCUAAAAAAGAUCGGUUAUGAUAAAAUUGAUGAUAUCAAAAUGUAUUUAAUUCUUUCUAGUAAAUAUAAAGGGGAGAAACACAAUCACAGUCCCUUUAUUGAACUCAUUAAAUUUAUGAAAAAAGAUGAACAUGACAUUUUAUAUGAAAAUCCAUCAAUGGGAGUUGUCAUGAAUUGGAUGUGA